GUUCAACGCUUAUGACUGUACCUCGUCGGCGCUCGCUCCAAUUUUUCCCAUCCAUUCUUCCAACUCUCUUCAGUAGACAGAGGGGCAUUCAGAAUGACCGUCACGGACGACGAAAUAUGGCAAAAGCUAGCCAACGAAAUAGCACCAGGAGCAGAGUACGACUCCAACGCUCGGCGGCCCUACUCUCAGUGUUUACCUGGAACCCGUGUCGAACUUCUAGACGCGUUGGAAACGUCUUUGACACGAGGGAAUCAACGGUUCGUCUGGCUUUUUGGAGGCUCUGGUUCGGGCAAAUCAAGCGUCGCCUACUCUAUCGCAGAGCGUCUUCGAAAUACUGAGAGUCUAGCUACUACAUUCUUCUUCUCACGGAAGUAUUUCGCCAGGAGCAAUACCGAUCGUGUCUUCCUCAGCCUUGCCUAUCAAAUUGGUCUUCUUCACCACCGUGCCAGGAACUGUAUCAUAAAGGCGAUUAGGUGGAACCCCAGCUUGCUCACUGCUGAGGCAUCUCCCCUCCAGCAAAAAGAGGCGUUAGUUGUAGAGCCUUUGAAAGAACUUCAGCACGUAUGGGAGGGCGGACGAACAAUGAUCUUUGACGCCGCCGACGAAGGGGAGGAUAACCGCGGUGUUCAGAUCAAAGACUUGGCUAACGAGCUAGCGGAGCUUCUCCGCGACCCCACUAUCCCCAUUUCCAGCGUUCUUUUUACCAGCAGACCCCGUUCUUACCUUCAAAACCUGACCAGACACUCGGACAUCGCCAAUCUUGUCACAAUCCAUCAAAUAGAGCACUUUGACGCGAGCCAUGAUGUUGAGCUAUUUCUCCGUUAUCAGUUCCAAGAUAUCUACGACAUUCGCGACAUUUCUUUCGUACACCCUCAUCCAUGGCCCUCGCAAAACGUCCUUGAUACCUUACUUCAUCAAAUCAAGGGCCAGUUCGUCGUUGCUUCGACCAUAUGUAACCUCGUGCGUAACGCUAUAGACCCUGCGGACUGUCUCAAUCUGGUCGCAAACAUGUACGAAGGAGAGGUUGAUCCCAUCGACGUCGAUUUGGGCAACAUCAACUCAAUCUACCGCUACAUCCUCAGCGGUGGCGAUCCUCAGUGCCAGAGUUCAGACGCAGAGACCCUGGCAGACGUCGUCGCGCUCGCGGAACCUCUUCCACUGUCCGACAUAUGCAAACUGUUCACUCGCGACGUUGGACAGAACCUCGUGCAUCUAUCUCCGAUCGUCCAUAUCCCUUCCGCGGAAUCCCUCGGACCUGUUCAGAUCCAUCAUACUUCACUGCGCGACUACUUCUCGCAAAGCUCGCUUUCCGGCGAUUUCUACGUUGACCCGGCGCAUUCACACCAGCGUCUCGUGUGUCGGUGCUUAAAAAUCCUGCAACGAGAUUUGAAGAAAGAUAUUUGUGGACUCUGUGACUCGUCGAAACUGCAUGGCGAAAUCCCCGAUUUCGGUGAACGAGUCAAUGUGGCGGUUUCAGGUGCUUUGAGAUAUGCAUGCCGAUAUUUGACGUACCACCUCGCCAGGGCGGACCAUACAUCUGAAAUUCAAGCGCUGGUGUUUCGUUUUACCAAGAAAUAUCUUCUGUUCUUUUUGGAGCUAUCUUCGGUGAUUGGCAGUCUACACAUUGGGGUGAGAAGUCUCAUCGACGCAGAAAAAGUUCUCUCGAGUUGGGGAAAAUCCGAAGAUCGAGAGCUCGCCUUGAAGCUACUUUAUGACGCAUGGAGGCUCGUUCUCAAAUUCUUUGAGCCGAUUCGAGAUUCGGCUCUUCACCUAUACGAGUCUGCACUCCCUUUGUGUCCACCCCAGACACAGCUUUUACCUGUCUACCGCGCACUUUGCCUUGUAAGUGUUAUGGCUGUUGAGGAAGGACUUGGUGAUCGAUGGGAUUACCACAUCCGCGAAUUCUUUGUUAACGUUUUCGCUACUAUUAUCAUGUCACCCAACGGGCAUAGGCUGGUUACUAUCGCAGCACACGACAUACAAGUGUGGGAUCCAGUCACAGGUGCCAUCAUCGCCUCCCUAGAUUCUGUACAGGCACCCGAUCGUGCCGCGUUCUCUCCUGAUGGGAUCAUACUGGCUUGUCAGUAUCACACCGGCCGCACCUGCAUGUGGUUCACUGAGCCAAGCUCUUUCGUUGAGUUGAUCCCUCCUCAACUUGAGGCAGACGCUGCUGUUUGCGCAUUUUCCCAUGAUGGGCUGCUGCUAGCUACUGCGGUCACCUGCGCCGCAAAUUAUGGAGUUACUGUUCAUAUAUUUGAUCGGGACAGAGAUGGCGAAUCUUGGUCGCAUCGCACGCCGCUGAACUUUCCCGGAAAUGGCCGCGUUCAAGAUCUGGUUUUCUCCUGCGCAGGUCUUAUCAUGAUCGUUACACAAAACCGCGCGUAUAUUCUCGACAUCACAGACAAUAGCUGGUCUCCGCAUGCUCAACCAGAUAAGAAGUGGCUCUCACCAUUUCACUGGCACUGCUUCACAUACAACGGAGAUGCUACGUUGCACGUUACAGGUGGUAAUGAAGUCCGCAUGGCGCGUCUGAAUACAGGCGAAGACCCUGUACCGACUUGGCGAGUGGAAGGCGCAGAUGUCAUGAACCCUCCUCCGUUUGUCAGGAGACUAGGAGACGCUUUCUUGCUCGGAGACUACAUCUACACGCGAGACAGACAGAUUUUUCUCCCUUCGCAGACUGGUAAUUGGCACUCUCUAGGAGUUAUCACGGAAGGCAAACGCACCUCUAUCAUCGAUCUUUCUUUAUUGUUCGGCUGGAAGAAAAGCGCCCCUCGGACAAACAAAACCCGUAGAAAGGAUGGUAUUGCUUUUAUUCCAAUCUGUCGUCCAGACCUUAAACAAGCCGUGAUCAUCAAGGCGGGGCACGAACAGCUCGCUACACACGUGGCUGUGGAUGGUAUUUCUGGAUGGAAAACAAUCACACUCAACGGCUCAAUCUUUGACGUGCCACGGAGCCAUGUUUGCGUGUCUCGCAACAUGGAACUAUUCGCUAUCUUGGAUGUCUCCGGCAGAACGGUCUGUAUCAGAACCCUCAAAGGACUCAAGGUCUGCGACGUCACCCCUGAAAUCGACUGGGUGAAGAUUUUAGAGCCAUCCAUAUCUUUGAAGAUAGAUUUCUCUCCGGAAUCCACUUACUUUAAUCUUGUUGCGCACGACCACCUGACAGUGUGGCUCGCAGCGACUGGCGUUAUAGUGGGCACUACUGAUACCUCGCGAUUUGCCUUCUCAAGCGACGAUACACUUCUCGCUACUGCUGGUUCUGACGGAACUGUCCGUAUCUUCUCCGUCGGCAAUUGCAUGGUGCCGCUUAGGUGUAUCACGAAUCUCCCGAAGUCCGUCACAGAUCUCCCGAAGCCCGUCACGGAUAUACAGCUAGCCUUCCCUGGACUUACCUAUGACAUCGACGUGCUGACGUAUAUCGAAGCCACAGAGGACUCACACGGCGAAUUAGCGUUCUCUCAGUAUAAUUCAAAGACGAGCAACAUUCUUCAAACCACAACGCAGCAGACACCAAAAGACUCGUGGAGCAAGCAGCUACUUCGCUCGCCGCAUCUCAAAAAGUUCAUACUUCGCGAGUGGUCACACGAUCUGCCAUGGAUUCACAACGUAGAGCUUAAGCUACCAGAAGACGGAUCUCCAGAUACAACCUUAUUUGAAAUGGACACAGUUUGUUCACCGGGGUCAGUGGUCGAUAGUAACACUUGGUCAGAUGUGACUAUUGACGGUGGAUGGAUCCGUGUCGGGUCGAGGCGGAUCUGUUGGCUACCUCGCUAUUACAGGCCACGACAAGGCUCGUUCUGGGUGUUUGCGAACAGGAUACUUUAUAAGCCUUCAUCUCCUGCAAACGUGCCUCGUAUAGUCUUACGUCUCAAAGGGGUAGAUAUUUAUUAUUACGAUUGGUGA